UGGGAGAUAGAAAAUGGCGCCGUAUGUGCUCUACUCUCAUCUAAUCCUAAUAUUUAGCCCGACGGCCACGCUACCAGCACGUUAGGAAAAAUCCCUUCUGCUUCUUCUUCUUCUUCUUCUUCUUCUUUCUAUCUGUCCAUGUGAGACAGUCUUCUUCUUCCUCUCCGUCUAUGCCAGACAGUUCAAACAGCGUUGGAAAGGCAAACUACCUUCAUAUAUCCCCUAUCCUUCAAUUUGCUUAACAUUAUCGCAGUGUACCUGUUUGUUUAAUUGCCUCCAUGGCUUUCUCAGCUUCCCUGAAAUGCUGCCUUUGGGCUCUCCCUUCUGGUCUAAAGCACUCACAAUCUCUCUCCUUAACCUCUAAGCCCUCCAAUCUCACAUGUUUUGCAUCUACACAAAAUCACGAACAGCUCACUGCACCACUAACCUCCAGCUCAAGUCCUUUCUCCGCCGUUUCUUCAUUCCCAGUUCAAGUUCUUCCGCCGAACUUCACCGCAAAGCAACUUCUCCAGGCCCUACGUCGCGAAAAUGAUGAAGAAUCGGCGCUUCGCAUAUUCCGGUGGGCGUCGAAGCAGCCCAAUUUCGAACCCACUUCAUCCAUAUACGAAGAGAUUCUCCGCAAGCUCGGUAAGGUGGGUGACUUCGAUUCAAUGAGGCGUCUUCUGCAAGAAAUGAAGCUGUCCGGUUGCAAGAUUAGUAGAGGUAUUUUCUUGAUUUUUAUCGAGAGCUUUGCAAAAUUGGAGUCAUUUGAUGAAAUUCUUGGUGUUAUUAGUAUGAUGGAAGGAGAUUUCGGGUUGAAACUGGACACACUUACUUAUAAUUUCUUGUUGAAUGUUCUUGUUGAUGGAAACAAACUGAAAUUAGUUGAAGUUGCGCAUUAUAAUAUGUUUAGUAGGGGAAUUAAGCCUGAUGUUGCGACAUUCAAUAUCUUGAUAAAGGCUCUUUGUAAAGCACAUCAAAUUAGGCCUGCGAUUUUGAUGAUGGAGGAUAUGCCUCGGUACAGGUUGUCUCCAGAUGAGAAAACUUUCACAACCCUAAUGCAGGGUUUUAUUGAGGAAGGGAAUAUGGAUGGUGCAUUAAGAAUGAGAAAGCAAAUGGUGGCAGCUGGGUGCCCCUCCACCAAUAUAACAGUCAAUUUGUUGAUUCAUGGAUUUUGCAAAGAGGGUAGAAUAGAGGAAGCUCUAAAUUUUGUUCAAGAGAUGCUUAUUGAGGGAUUCUGUCCUGAUCAAUUCACUUUCAAUACUUUGGUGAAUGGUCUGUGCAGGGCAGGGCAUGUUAAGCAUGCCCAAGAGAUAGUGGAUGUAAUGCUUGAGGAGGGAUUUGAUCCAGACACAUUCACGUACAACAGUCUGAUUUCUGGAUUGUGUAAAUUGGGCGAAGUUAGAGAGGCCGUGGAAGUUCUUAAUUUGAUGUUUGCAAGAGAGUGUUCACCAAACAACGUCACUUACAACACUUUGAUAAGCACCUUAUGUAAGGAAAACCAAGUUGAUGAAGCCACCGAACUUGCUCGUGCUCUUAGGAGCAAGGGAAUUUUGCCUGACGUCUGUACAUUCACUUCUCUGAUACAGGGCCUCUGCUCAGCUGGUAAGCAUGGAACUGCUAUGGAACUGUUUGAGGAAAUGAAAAAUGAAGGUUGUCAGCCUGAUGAGUUCACUUACAAUACACUGAUUGGUAGCCUUUGUUCUAGAGGGAGGCUAGAUGAAGCUUUUAGCUUACUGAAAGAAAUGGAGUUGAGAGGUUGCGCGCGGAAUGCAGUUACUUAUAGUACUUUGAUUGAUGGGCUUUGCAAAAACAAGAGGAUUGAAGAAGCAGAGGAGCUUUUUGAUCAGAUGGAGCUUCAAGGGGUUUCUAGAAAUUCUGUGACUUAUAAUAGCCUUAUUGAUGGUCUUUGUAAGAGCAAGAGGGUUGAGGAGGCUGCUCAGCUUAUGGACCAAAUGAUAAUGGAAGGAUUGAAACCAGACAAAUUCACCUAUAAUUCCCUGCUUCAAUAUUUCUGCCGGGCAGGUGACAUAAAGAAGGCAGCAGAUAUUGUCCAGACCAUGACUUCAAGUGGCUGUGAACCCGAUGCAGUCACCUAUGGGACCCUAAUUUGGGGGUUAUGUAAGGCUGGUAGAGUUGACGUCGCAACUAGGCUUCUCAGAACUGUCCAGACAAAAGGAAUGGUUCUGGCGCCACGGGGUUAUAACCCUGUCGUUCAAGCACUGUUUAAACGAAAGAGGACAACAGAAGCAAUGAGACUUUUUAGAGAAAUGAUGGAGAAAGAAGAUCCUCCAGAUGGUGUCACAUAUAAGAUUGUUUUUCGAGGCCUGUGUUCCAGUGGAGGGCCAAUUGGAGAUGCCGUUGAUUUUUUAGUAGAGAUGACUGAGAAAGGAUUCCUGCCAGAGUUCUUUACAUUCCAGAUGCUGGCUGAAGGGCUUUGUGCUUUGUCCAUGGAGGACACCCUUAUCAAGCUUGUCAAUAUGAUUAUGAAGAAGGCAAACUUUUCGGCCAAAGAAAUUUCCAUGAUAUUGGGUCUUCUAAACAUCCGCAAACAUCGAGAUGCAUUAGCCAUGUUUGGCCGCGUCUUGGAUACACGAAAGCCCCAGAAAGCAUACUGAUGAAGAAGAAAUUUAGCUGGGCGGAGAAACCUCAAGUGAAUGAUGGUGUCUUCAUUUCCUUGUUUGUUUAUAAGAGGUUGGAAUUUCAAUGUCUGACCUGGGUUGUUGCACCAUGUACCCUUGCUCCCUUCCCCCUGGCUUCACUAAAUAUGUUGAGUGUAUUAAAUUAUUCUCUGAACCCAUAAAAAAAAUAUUCUGAGAUGGUCUCUAACCUGUGUUUGAAAA